ACAAACACAAUAGCUGCAGCCUACAGGGUGUGGGUGACUGACUGACUCUGAUUGUGAACAACAAUAACAUAGUUUGAAUAUUGAAUUGUUUAGCUCCUUAAUUUAAUAAUAAAAUAAAAAUGGCCUGCGUAUAUAUUUUGUCGUCAAUGCCAUUCUUACCCUUCAAUUUCCCCAUUUUUUACCCCUCAAACAUACGCCUCGCGCCGAUUGUCGCUCAUCAUCUGCGAUUCCACCGGAGAACGCUUCGGAACCCGCCGGUAACGGAAAUGUCCGGCACCGUUCCGAGGUCGGGGUCCUCUUUUCGGCUCAACAACGAUGAUGCCGAACCUUUAUUGGGUUCUCGAAUCGGUGCAGGAAAAGGUGAUACAUUAGCAACUGAGACAGAUCUAGAGGCUUCCUCCGUUAAUAGAACUGCUCCUAGAAAGAGUAGAUAUCGUAUUAGCACUAUCACAUUGUACGGGGUAGAGUUGUCCCCAGAUAAUGUUGCUGUUGCAAUGGUAUAUUUUGUUCAAGGUGUUUUAGGACUUGCAAGGUUGGCUGUCAGUUUUUACUUAAAAGAUGAUUUACAUCUGGACCCUGCUGAGGCAGCUUUGAUUUCUGGUUUUUCUGCAUUACCGUGGCUUGUCAAACCUCUAUACGGGUUUAUUAGUGAUUCUGUCCCCCUUUUUGGUUAUCGAAGAAGGUCAUACCUAGUUCUAUCAGGGCUGCUUGGUGCACUCUCAUGGAGUUUGUUGGCUACUUUUGUUGACAGCAAAUAUAGUGCUGGUUUUUGCAUACUUCUUGGAUCUCUUUCUGUUGCCUUCUCGGAUGUUGUAGUAGAUUCAAUGGUUGUGGAGAGGGCACGUGGUGAGUCACAAAGCACCUCAGGAUCUCUUCAGUCUUUAUGUUGGGGUUCUUCAGCUUUUGGUGGAAUUGUGAGCUCCUACUUCAGUGGGUCUUUGCUGGAUAAAUAUGGAGUAAGGUUUGUUUUUGGUGUCACAGCAUUGCUUCCACUGAUAACAUCUGCAGUUGCUGUUCUUGUAAAAGAACAACCUAUGCUUGGUACAGCAAGAGGGCAGAAUCUUCCUUUUGCCAGGCCUGAGUUUUUGGAAAGUUCAAAACAAAACAUUAUUCAGCUGUGGGGUUCUGUUCGACAGCCCAAUGUUUUUCUUCCCACUUUGUUUAUUUUCUUGUGGCAAGCAACUCCACAUUCUGACUCUGCUAUGUUCUACUUUAAUACAAAUUCUCUUGGUUUUACUCCGGAGUUUUUAGGACGUGUCAAGCUUGUUACUUCAAUUGCAUCUCUGCUUGGUGUUGGAAUUUAUAAUGGAUUUCUGAAGAAUGUACCUUUGCGGAAAAUAUUUCUUGCAACCACCAUUUUAGGUUCAGCUCUUGGGAUGACUCAGGUUGUGCUGGUUACUGGACUAAACCGGAAGUUUGGCAUAAGUGAUGAGUGGUUUGCAAUUGGUGAUUCAUUAAUUCUCACAGUUUUGAGCCAGGCCUCUUUCAUGCCCGUUCUUGUGCUAGCAGCAAGAUUAUGUCCUGAGGGAAUGGAGGCAACUCUUUUUGCAACUCUCAUGUCCGUAUCUAACGGAGGGAGCGUUCUUGGGGGAUUGUUUGGUGCAGGCCUGACACAACUAUUUGGAAUUACCAAGGACAAAUUUGAUAACUUAGCAGCUUUGAUAAUCCUUUGCAAUCUUAGCUCAUUAUUGCCUCUGCCUCUUCUUGGCCUGCUCCCUGGGGACAAUCCUGAUGCGAAUCUGAAGGAAAAUUCCGAUGUUGUGAUAAAGUCUAAUUGAUUCUUGUUUUUUGGAACUGAGCUUCCCUGGGGUUGUCUGUCUUUGCCAAGCUGUACCCAAGUUUUGCUCUCAAUGCUUGCAAAUUCAGCAGACAUCACUUACACACACAUGCAGAUGGACAGAAGUUUGUGUAUAGUACGAUGCUAAAGUUGUUACCAUGGCCCUGUUUUAAACCUUUUUGAUUAUCAGGUGUUAAUAUCGCGACAUCAAAGUUAACUUGGAACCAAAACUGACUGAUUCUGAGGAAAAGGUACCAUUUUAAGGACCUGUAGACAGUGCUACUUAAUAGGCUCCGCGUGAUUCAAGACAGUGCUAGCCAUCAACGACAAUGUAUCGGUCCCGUCAGAACUAUCAUUCACGGGGUUCCUUUGCCGCUUACUUUCUCCUUUUUUUUUAGUUUUGUAUCUUUUUUCUUUUUGUUUUUUUUGGUAGGGAAUACUGUAGCUUUUUACUUCUUUGUAAGAACUGGCUUUGUAUCAAUAAGCCAAUGAUCGUCAUUUGUCAAUGGAAACUGGGGUUUAGGCUUCUCUGCCGUGUUUUUUAUAGUUAUUGCAAUUGGCAGUUACCUAGAGUAGACAAC